AAUGUUGAUGAUUAAAUUGAUGAUUAUUAUAUUGUUUUUAUCAUUGAAAAUUCAUUGCUUCAAUAUUGAUGGCGAAGAACAACAAAUGUCAACAGCGACUACAACGACAAUAAUUAAACAAUCCUCAUCAAUGAUUGUUGAUAAUAAAAAACCAUUCAAUGAUAAUGAUGAUGGUGAUGAUGAUGAUGAAGAUUUAGAUGAAUCAAUGGCUCAUAAUUAUUCAUCAUCACAAAGAUCAACAAUGGAAUCAUCAAUGAUGACAAGGUCAUCAUCAUCAUCAAAAGGAUCAACCGUUUUAAAUUUGCCAAAAAUAACAUCAACAAAAACUGAAAAACAAUUUAUGAAAACAGAAACAAUAAUCGAUGAAAACGAUGAUGAUGAUGAUGAAAAGAAGAGUGCAAAUGAAGAAAAUGAUGAUGAGGAGGAGGAUGAGGAUUCUGGUCAAGAUCAAGAUGCUAAUGCAUCGAUCGUAAUUGUUCCGUUAAAAUCGGAUGUCAAAUUAACAACAACAACCACUACAACAACCGAAAUACCAAUGACAACGACAAGAUCGAUUGAUACGAUGUCGACAACAAAAACUUUAAAUAAAAAGAAAAAGAAAUUAAACACUAACAGUGUCAACAACAGGAAUAAUUCAAGAACAAAUUCAAGUCAUCAACAUCGAAAGAAAUCUAAAAGUAGAACAAGAACUACAACAACAACAACGAUGAAACCAUCAUUGGAAAUAAUGGAAAUGAACAGCAGCAAUGAUGAUUUGAUUUCAAAUCGAACCUGUCUUAUUGGUGAUGUUUGUGGCCAAAAACAAAUGGGUUAUUGUUAUCGGCCACAUGAACCAAAAUAUUUUGAUCUAAGCGAUAUUGACACGGAAAAUUUCUACGAUCUAUUAUUGACUAGUUGUCCACAUUUUUUCGAUGAAGAAGAAAAUCUACGACAUCCAUUAUGUUGUACAGUAGAAAUGGAAGAUACAAUGGCCAAAUUGAUUAUGAGUGUUGAUCUCAUUCAACGUUCAUGUCCAUCAUGUUUGACGAAUGUAAAGAAAUUAUUCUGUAAUCUUUUCUGUGCACCAAAUCAACGAGAUUUUGUUAAAGUUAAUCAUUUAAAAGGUGAAAUGGUAUUAGAGGUAUCUUAUGUAUUAUCGGAAUUGUUUGCUGAAAAAUUUUAUCAAUCAUGUCAUGAUGUACAAGUAUUUGGCGCCUAUCUAAUGGAUUUUGAUUCAGCAUGUGGAAAUUUGACACGUAAACGUUGUACAGCUAAAGAUUUUCUUGAACAUUUAGGUUCAUUACAAGAGAUUCCGUUUCGAUUCCGUCCGAUUAUUAUUUCGGAUAAUGAUCCAAAUUCAAGUUUGAUGGCAACAAAAAAAGGACCAGAAGAUUGGCCACGAUAUAUAAUGAAUGAAACAGCAUAUGCAUGUGAUGAGGCACCACCUGGUCUAUCCACUUGUCGUUGUGAUCAUUGUGCCAAUAUGUGCCUUUAUGGCCAAUAUAAUCCACAUUCAAAGAAUAAACAACAAUCAUCAAUGGAUCUCGAACAAGAUGAUAAUGUACAGCAGCCAAAUCGUAUCGGUAGACAAACAAUGGAUCGUUCCUCAAAAUCUAUGGCAAUGGCCAACAGCAAUAAUCGUAAUCGAUAUUCAUCGAUUGCCAAUUCAUCAUUGAUGAUGCCAAAAUGUCAUUUAUCAUUAUUACUUUUAUUAUAUUUGGUAUUUAUUCUAUUAUAACUUUAAUAUAUUAGAUAAACACCUUGUUUUAAA